GCAAAGAAAAAGAUACAUUAGCUUAAUUAAAUUUGACUAAUGUAUAUGUCAUUUCAUUGUAACAAAAUAAGGAUUUUGUAACAAAAAAAAAGGCUAGGAAAGAACUGCUAGAGUCCAUGUACUCUGGUCUAAGAACCUCAAGGCCCAUAAUUAUUAGCAAAUAAAAAGUCAUAGCUACAAACUUGGCAAUAGACUGUGCUUUACCACUGCACUGUUACUGAGCUUGCUUUGCAUCUUCAAAAAAUAGAGACUAAAGUCAUCAGACAGCAAAUAGCUGAACAGCGUGAACAUAUAACAGAGAACACUAUACACACUGCACACCCAGCUAACCAGAGAAUGAGUGAGUGAAAUAUACAGGGAGGAAAACUGAUACAAAGACAGCAAGUGCAAGAGAGUGUGCAGGAGGGAGAGAGAGACAAUGGAAGGAGUGAAUGAGUGAAUGAAUAAGUGUGUGUCUGGCAUGGAGUGGAUGAUAGUAAAGAGGAAAUGUGUUACAAACCAAGUAAAUGAGAGAUACAGAGAGAGAGAGAGAGAAACACAAGCAGAGUCAGAUAUAAUCCUUUUUACUAUUCCAUCCAGAGCGCUGAUCUCUUGCGUUCCCCCUGCCCCCCCUCCGUAGCAGUGGCGCGCAGCGUGCUAUGCUGAGCACAAACAGACCCUGCCACUGUGAGAGGUUUUAUAAGCCCAAGUCAUGCCAGAGAGAAACAGCUACUGGUCAGCUUCUCUCAGACAUCUGGAAGGAGCUGCCAAUAACACAAGACGACAAGUCAGACAACAAAACCGCCUUGCUCCAAUCCCAUCUGUUAAGCAGCAUUACCUGUAACAUUAAACAAUUAAUCGUACACCCUUCAAGUCCACGAGGGACCACCACUGAACGCUGCGACGCACACUACGAACUCAGAAAACAGCAUGGCCAUUAGAGUGCACAACAUCACAGCCACCUCUGCCAUUGUCAGCUGGGCCUCCAUGCCAGGCUGUGUGGACACCUUUUACAGCGUGAUGUACCAUCCUGACUGGAACAGCCUUCUGAUGGGCCACGCCCGCAAGAGCUUCAUGCAGGAAGACAGGAUUCCCGCGAGCCAGACCACAACCCGCCUGGGCAACCUCAGCCCACAGACCUCCUACAUCCUCUGCAUCACAUGCCAGUCGGCCAACCCUAGCAGGGACCAGUGUCAGCUUUUCAGCACCUUGGGUGAGGGCGACCAGAUUGGUGGGGGCCACAGGGAGCUGGCCAUGGGAGUGUGGCUGGCUAGCACCAUCCUGCUUGUAAUAAUCGCUGUGGUCCUGCUCUGGAGCUGUCUCCAUUCCAUAUAUCCCAUGUGGAGGCACUCUGCAAGGGCUCAACAUUCAGGUUCUGCCCCCCUCAACCAAGCCCUGGACCCCAGAAGUGAAUGCAUGGGAACGGAGAGGAGAGUGAGUCAGUACAUGCUAGAUUACAGCGAGGAACCCCAGCAGCCCACUGUGACCGAGAACCCUUUUCACACCAAGCAUGAAGGAGGGCCAGUCAAUGGACAAAGCCACAAGCGAAUGACACCUACUAAAAAACAAAAUGGUGGCCCUGAGUGAUACAUCACCGUCAGUGUGCUCUGAAUAUUUGUCUCCAACCCUCCAACAAAGAUAACAAUUGUUUUUCACUAGGGCUACUAAAGUUUUAGCCACAGUUCAGCCAUCUUAAGAUCACGGGUUCACUUCAACGAAGGCUUGUGAAAACCAUCAAGAGGUAGAUGAGCUUGUAACCAUGAUCAAUUGUAAUUACACUGCAGCAAGCAAAUAUUCAUGCAGCAUCUAUUAGGACAUCAAUACCAGUGUCUGAAAUGUUCACUAUUUCUGUUUGAAGACUCUAUUGAGGGUUUAUAACAUGUUCAAAAUGCAAAAAUGCUAUUAAAAUUAUCUAAGAAACAAGACUGGAAUGAUCUUAGAAAUCCAUUUUCCCAAUUCUAUGUUCCAGUUAGAUC